AUGGUAUCGCUGCUGCUCCAAUUUUUGUUUUUGUUUGUCAGAAUAAUACUAAUACGGUUAAUACAAAAUAAUAAUUCUGGAGAGCUGAGCAAUCCUUUACAGACCAGAACUGGCGACUGCAGCCAGUUGGCGGAAACAUGCGGCGACACCUGCCAGAAGCUGUUGUCCUGCGGCAAGCAUAGCUGCGCCCAGCGCUGCCAUCGCGGCGCCUGCAACUUGUGCCUGGUGCGCACCAAGAAGAAGUGUCGCUGCGGUCUGCACGAGAAGGAGCUACCCUGCUCCAAGGAGUUCAACUGCGAAACCAAAUGCAAACAGAUGCGCGACUGUGGCAAGCAUGCCUGUAAUCGCAAGUGCUGCGGCGACCAGUGUCCGCCCUGCGAGAAGAUUUGCGGCAAGCAGCUAAGCUGCAACAAGCACAAGUGCCAGUCGGUGUGCCACAAUGGGCCCUGUUAUCCCUGCAAGCUGGAAUCCCAGGUGAACUGCCGCUGCGGCAAGACGCGUCGCAGUGUGCCCUGCGGCCGGGAGAAGAGCGCGCGCAUUGUCUGCCAGGAGCUGUGCCGCAUCACAUCCAAGUGUCAUCAUGCCAUCAAGCAUCGCUGCCACAAGGGUGAGUGUCCGCCCUGCGUGCAGCCAUGUGGCCUGCCCAACGAUACCAGCGGCUGUGGACACAUAUGCAAGGCGCGCUGCCACGCAGCACUGCGUGUGCCCAAGCCAGCGGAUGCGCCGCGUGCGCAGCAGCACAAGUAUGAAUAUCGUUCGCUGCCGCAUCCGCGCUGCGAGGAGGGCGUCCGUGUUGCCUGCAUUGGCGGCCACGAGCUGGCCACCUGGCCCUGCUGGAACUCGAAGCCCACGUCCUGCCAGCGCAAAUGUGCGCGUCAAUUGAAAUGCGGCAAUCAUCGAUGCCAGCUGGUCUGUCACGCGGUGCCCCAGCCUGAGGACAUGAACCAGCAGGCGGGCUGUGCCAAUUGCGAGGAAGGCUGCGCUAUACCGCGACCCCCUGGCUGCACGCACGCCUGCACCAAAGGCUGCCAUGCGCCGCCCUGUGCUCCGUGCAGCUUUGUCAUCAAAAGCAAAUGCCACUGCGGCCUCAACCAGGUCAUGUACAAGUGCAGCGAGUACUUCAAUCAGGAGGAGGGCGGCAGUGUGCAGCAGACGCUGGAGCGCCGGCAAAAGUUUGGCAGCUGCGGCAAUCGUUGCCUCAAAAAUUUUGAAUGCGGUCAUCGCUGCAUAACCGUCUGCCAUCCCGGCCCGUGUCCCAAUCCGGAGCUGUGCCGGAAGAAGGUGCGCAUCUACUGCGCCUGCAAGCGGCUCAAGUUGGAGAUAGCCUGCGAUAAGCAUCGUGCGGGGCAAACUGAACUAAAAUGCGAUGCCAAUUGUCUGGAGGAGCUGUCCAAGGCGAAGGCUACGGAACAGCAGCAGCUGGAACGUAAAUUAAAGCAGGAGCAGGAAAAAAAUCGUCUGGAGCUGGAAAAAUACGAGCAAAAGUUCGGCAAGCGCAAGCACAAGGAGCGCAAAGCUUUGGAUGUGCAGCCCGCCAGCUAUCACAUCGAUUGGCAACGUUGGGGCAUCUAUGCUCUGGCCCUGCUCGCCGUAAUGGGCGCAUUGGGCGUGGCAUACUAUGCGGAUAGCUAAACAGCAAGAAUGGACCAAUAACAAAUGCCAAAAAUGAUAUUUGAAUUUAUAUUAGAAUCUACAUAACCAUAAACGACUGAUGUAACUGUU